AUGAGAGCCAACGACUUGCUGGAAAUAGAAGAAAGGAUUUCAAAUCUUCUGAAGGAAGAGGAAAAGAAGAAGGGGGAGAAGCAGGACAUGCUCAGAAAGAUACAGGAAAGCAUCAAAGAAAGACAGGAGCUGUGCGUGCGUCUUGAAAAGGAGAAGAAAGAAAGAAUAGAUAGGCUGAACACGCAGAAAGAGGCUCUCGAAAAGGCGAAAAGCAUGGUGGAGGAGAAGGAGAACGAGGAAAUCAAAAAGAAAAAAGAAAAACUUCGAAGAGACUACACCAACGCAAUAAACAACGUGAACGAGCUCGAGCUUGUUUUUUCAAAAGAUAUGACAAACACUGUCGAAAAAAUACUUGCAAUGAAGAAGCACGCAAAGACGUCAGGCUUCAACAGUCUGGCCCACGCUGUCAGCCUCCAUCUGAUGGAGCAAAUGAAAGAGUUCAUUGUGGAGUCCAAGGCUCUGUCAAAGUCUAUACGAGUGGACAAGCUGAUUGACCUUGUGAAGGGGCUAAACAGGUCAAUUAUCAUGGCGGAUAGCAAAUACACAGACCUGGAGAAGAGAAGAGAGCUGUACGUAGAGGGAUUCUUCAUCGAUCUUGAAGAAAACUUUUCGCACCACUUUUUCGGACAGUUUGACACGAACAGAAUGGACAAGCCGGAGUGGUACCUGGAGUAUCUCAUCAACGAGCUCCCAGAGUACGACAAGAUAUUCUCUGUGCUGUCGCAGAUUGAUGAGCUAGCUGCAGAGACAGAGGACGAAGAGUUUGAGCAGAAAAACAAAGAGAAGUACUUCCACAAUCUCAUAGAUAGAAUAUUCACAGACAUCAUAUACAAAAAGCUGAAUGAGUGUGUCUACUCUUCCUCAAAGCAGCAGAAAGAGCUUAUUAUGCACCACGCAGGGGAAAUUGGAGAGUUUCAGAGAGAAAUAUCUGCCGCGUACAAGUACAAAGACAAGCCAAAGAUUUUGGAAAAAGAUCUCCUGUACAUCCAGGAGGUUUUUGUUGAGGCGUCGGAAAAAGAGCUUCAUUCCAUUCUAAAACAGGAGUACAAGGAGUGGAGUGAUCUGUUCAUGUACCUUCUCAAAAAGAUAUUUAAGCACGCAGCAGCCCUGCACUCGAUCAUUCCUUCUGCCCAUGUGUUUCUCCUUGAAGCUGCCAUACGAAAAUACUUGGAAGGUCUUUCGGCUUUUUUGAACUCUUUUCUGUACAAAAAAGAAGAAGAGCAGAAAAUUCUGGUGUAUUUCAUAGAAGAAAUUGCGCACCUCGAAGAAGAGCUCCUGGACAUAGAAACAGAGUUUGGCAUGGCAGUGGGAGAGAUAACGAUUUUGAAGGUUCCGUAUCUUGGAAAGUUUAAAACAAAUAUGCUGGAAAUACUGCAGAGAAUUAUCGAAGAGAAGAUAGAUGGGGUAAUGCGCCCGUUCUCUAGCUACCGUUUUAUGGAUGAGCAGGAAGAGGCAGACUCUUUGUCUAAUCUAGCAGAGGUUCUUGAGGCUGCCAAGUCGCUUUCAGAGGCGCCUGAGCUGUCCAGCUGGAUAGAACACGCAGUUGGUGAGACAGUGGAUGAAUGCAUUUGCCAGAAGAUCCUGUCUGCUCAGAUAGAUGGAGACUCCGAGAUAGCCAGAAUUAGAGGAGUGGUGAAGUCAAUAGCCGACAUAUUUAGAGAAAAUAGCAUACAAUAUCGACUGGCAAGAACUGAAAAUAGAUGCAAAGAAUUAUUUGGAGAAUGA